AUGAACCGCCCUCUUGAUAAUAUUCAACACAGACCAGACAGGUUCGAUGCAACAACAGAAAAUCGAGCAAUGUUUGCUAGUUCUAGCGUGCCAAGAACUCAAAUGAUAAGACCAAGGGAUCAAAUGAUUUGGACGACUGGGAACCAUCCAGAUAGUACGGUAACCAGGACAACCAUAAACAGAUCUACGUAUCAAGGAGGCACUGGUGACAGAUUCCAAGCUUCAAGACCAAAAGAUGCAAUUGAUCGUCCUACUGAAGGUCUAGACUCAACCACCAUCAACAGAUCCACGUAUCAAGGAGGCACUGGUGACAGAUUCCAAGCUUCAAGACCAAAAGAUGCAAUUGAUCGUCCUACUGAAGGUCUAGACUCCACCACCAUCAACAGAUCCACGUACCAAGGAGGCACUGGUGACAGAUUCCAAGCUUCAAGACCAAAAGAUGCAAUUGAUCGUCCUACUGAAGGUCUAGACUCCACCACCAUCAACAGAUCUACGUAUCAAGGAGGCACUGGUGACAGAUUCCAAGCUUCGAGACCAAAAGAUGCAAUUGAUCGUCCUACUGAAGGACUAGACUCCACCACCAUCAACAGAUCUACGUAUCAAGGAGGCACUGGUGACAGAUUCCAAGCUUCAAGACCAAAAGAUGCAAUUGAUCGUCCUACUGAAGGUCUAGACUCCACCACCAUCAACAGAUCUACGUAUCAAGGAGGCACUGGUGACAGAUUCCAAGCUUCAAGACCGAAAGAUGCAAUUGAUCGUCCUACUGAAGGUCUCGACUCAACCACCAUCAACAGAUCCACGUAUCAAGGAGGCACUGGUGACAGAUUCCAAGCUUCAAGACCAAAAGAUGCAAUUGAUCGUCCUACUGAAGGUCUAGACUCCACCACCAUCAACAGAUCCACGUAUCAAGGAGGCACUGGUGACAGAUUCCAAGCUUCAAGACCAAAAGAUGCAAUUGAUCGUCCUACUGAAGGUCUAGACUCCACCACCAUCAACAGAUCUACGUAUCAAGGAGGCACUGGUGACAGAUUCCAAGCUUCAAGACCAAAAGAUGCAAUUGAUCGUCCUACUGAAGGUCUAGACUCCACCACCAUCAACAGAUCCACGUAUCAAGGAGGCACUGGUGACAGAUUCCAAGCUUCAAGACCAAAAGAUGCAAUUGAUCGUCCUACUGAAGGUCUAGACUCCACCACCAUCAACAGAUCUACGUAUCAAGGAGGCACUGGUGACAGAUUCCAAGCAACAAGACCAAAAGAUGCAAUUGAUCGUCCUACUGAAGGUCUAGACUCCACCACCAUCAACAGAUCUACGUAUCAAGGAGGCACUGGUGACAGAUUCCAAGCUUCAAGACCAAAAGAUGCAAUUGAUCGUCCUACUGAAGGACUAGACUCCACCACCAUCAACAGAUCUACGUAUCAAGGAGGCACUGGUGCAGAUUCCAAGUUUCAAGACCAAAAGAUGAAAUUGAUCGUCCUACUGAAGGUCUAG